CUCAGUUAGUUCACACUUCCAGCUCGCUUCUUGACUCUGUUAAAGAGGACAUAUGGUCCACUCUGUGCUUUCAGCUUGUCCCUGGGGCUGCGGCUGCCCUGAAAACACAAAACUGAAGAUGCAGAUGUCAAACAUGUAGUAAAUUAUGACCCUGGCUACAAGUGAGUGCAGACUGCAUCGAGUCUGGCAGCAGCAAAGCAAAGAGUGCCACAUCUCACAUCUGUAUAUGGGUGAAAAGAUUAUCUCUUUUUUCCCCCAGAUACUUUCAAGUGAAGGUCGAACUGGAGAGACGCCGUCACGAAAAGUUUCUGCAUCUCUUCGGAUUCAGUGAAUUGUGUGCAGGACAUCUACUGAGGGCAGAGCCUUUGCAGCUCCAGCAACAAUGAAAGACACCAACGCCUGAGCUUCUCAGCGACACCGUACGACAGGGGAGGAUGGGUGAUGGGCCCAUGAAAUUCAGCAGACUCUCUCCUCCUCCUUAUGCCAUCCUCUCAUGGAGAAUUCUGUCACACCAAGCCCCUCCUGGAACACUUCUCUCUCCGGGCUCCACACAUUUCCAGCCUUACUGUAUCCAAACAAUUCUAACGUGACCUUGCCCAUCAGAAGCAUCCAGGGUAGGAUAAAUCUGAACCAGUCCUUGGCACUAUGUGCUAUGCUCAUUAUGGAUGUGCUGGCAGUGGUAGGGAACUUGGCCGUGAUAAUUGUCAUCACCAAAACUCCACAGCUACGUAAAUUUGCUUUCGUGUUCCACCUCUGUGUGGUGGACCUGCUGGCAGCGCUGGUGUUGAUGCCUCUGGGGAUGGUAUCAGACCGACUCCUGGUGGAUGAGGUGCUGUGCCGGAGCUACCUCUGCUUGAGUGUGUGUCUAGUAAGUGCUGCCAUCCUCACCAUCUGUGCCAUAAACGUGGAGCGCUACUACUACAUUGUCCAUCCCAUGCGUCAUGAGGUGAAGAUGACAGUGGCGGUGGUGGUAGCAGUAGUGGUGGGAAUCUGGAUUAAAGCCAUAGUCAUGUCCUUGAUACCUCUUGUGGGAUGGCUGCUCCAAGGGAACCAGAGUCUGGGGUCUCCUUCCCUCCUCAUUCCCGGGCAGAGACACUGCUCCCUCCACUGGACGGGAGGCAGGACCACACGCUUGCUUUUCAUGGUCUUUUUUACAUUUAUUUAUUUUCUAGGCCCCAUGAUGAUCAUUCUAGUGGUCUACUGUAACAUGUUCAAGGUGGCACGAGUAGCAGCCAUGCAGCACGGUCCCCUUCCCACCUGGAUGGACAUGCCGCGACAACGAUCUGAGUCCAACAGCAGCUACUCCACCAUGGAAGCCAGCCUCGGAGGAAGUUGUGCCCGUGCCACGCCUCAAAGGACCUUUAGUGGUGGGAAAGCUGCAGCUGUUUUGGUGGCAGUGGGAGGCCAGUUCCUCUGCUGUUGGCUGCCAUAUUUCUCCUUCCAUCUCUAUUCAGCAGUGGUUUCAACAUCUCCGACCUCAUUAGCCCAAAUGGAGGAUGUGGUCACAUGGAUUGGCUACUUCUGCUUCACCUCCAACCCCUUCUUCUAUGGCUGCCUGAACCGGCAGAUUCGCGAAGAGCUGACCCGCCACCUAGCCUGUUUCUUCAAGCGGGCUGGGCCGAUUGAAGGGGAGCAGCUGCCCAGCCGCGAGGCCUCUAUUGAGGAGAACUUUUUGCAGUUCCUUCAGGGCACCGCAUGCAAUCUGGAGCCCUGCAACUCUAACAGCAGAGACAGCCCAGAGGAGCCAGAGACUGAGGCCAUUUAUGACUCAGCUGUUCAGCAGAACAUGCCAGCUGACUUCCAUAUCCCGGGACAGAUCCUUGAGGAAACCUCAGAAUUCAUUCAACAGCAACAUCUGAACAAUGAUCUACAUGGUUCAGAGAAUGAGAACUGCUGCAAAACUGUACCAGAGGUGUAGCUCCCUCAUAUGUACCAUCUCCUCUGCCAUUCAGUAAUCAAAGAAAUAUAUUUAUUUUUAUUCAUAUUUUCCAUAAUGUGCUGAAUAACACAUGUUUGUUCAUACUAAAACAGCGCUUUUAACCACAAAAUACUGUAUCUUCUCUGAAGAAAAUGGAAGUUAUAUAAAGUUACAUGUAUAGCUUAUAUGAAAGCUAUGAGUCCGGAGGCUUUUCGGAGAAGGACACAGCUGGAUAUAUUGUGUGCAUAAUCUCCUUCAAAUCCCUGUGACCAAGAUGCAGCAGCAUUACAAUACAUUACAUGUUUCCUAGAGCUAUACAGUGUGAGGCUGUUUUCUGUGUAAUGUCAUCAGAUGGAUACUAAACCCUUGUGUUAACCACAGUGCAGUUAAGUGACAAAGAGCUAAUAGAUAUAACAAAGUGCUGGGACUCCACGAGAGCAAAUCCUUAGGGGCAACACAGUUUUCACAGUUUAUGUAAAACUAUGAGCCAUUAAAAGGUGUUGAAGCAAAUGUCAUUGCAACGUCCAGUUUAGUUUUUAAUAUGUCUACAUGUGUUAAAUCACUCAUUCAAUAAUAUACGUGUUCUUUAUCAGACAUAAGGCAAUAAUGAACACUAUACAGUGUGUCAUGGCACAUCAAACAUGUAUGCCCUUGUGCAUUUUUAGUUUCCCCUCAAUUCAAUUCAAGUGCUAAAUAUGCCCUGACUGACACCCCUUGACAAUCAGAUUUUCAUUCAUUGACUCUUGAAACACAGUAUGUUAUUACUUCACUUAUUACUUCACUUCCCAUUUAACCAUAAAAAAGGAUUCAUUAUAAAAAAAAUCAGAAGGUACUGGAAAUUGUCAUUGCCAGUCUGUUUAAAUAGUUUUUGUUUGUUCUGUUCUCAUCAUGUUUGUGAUCCUCAUGCCACAAAGAAAACAAUGCAAAAAUAUUCAUAGGUCCAAUUGUCUCUUCAAGUGAAAUAUUCAUUGAAUAGAAGCAGAAUCACCUCCCAGCUGGUGUUGUUGGUGGUAUUGCCAAUAAACAGACUGACACAUCAGUGUAUUUUUAACAUUUUCCGGGAAUAUCAUUAUCACAUUUAUCUGUCUUGUGUCUUGUAGUCUUGUGAUUAUCACUUCCUCACCGAAAUCACCUCACAGCUCAACUUGUGAUUCAACCCCGUUCGCUGAAAGAAGAGCAUUGAGACUAGUUCAUUGUCUGUGCCAUUAAACCAGUGAGUGUAAAGGUUACAGCUACAGGACAUUAAAACUGUCAUUUGUCGAAACGAGGCUCGAUGCAGAUUGUUUCCAGACCAGCCCCCUUAACCCCCGUGAUGUCUGUGCAGUUUACAGGUAAACAAAGGAGCAGUGCGAGUGCUCCUGAGUUUGUGCUAUAAACAACCAGGCUUGUUGUGACCACACAGCACACAGGUGUGACAGUGCUUACACAUGGCAAGAUUUUGCCUUUGGCCUCCUUUAGCCACAUAUGGAAGGCAAUUGUCGACACUUUCUCUGAUCUCAGGUGGAAUACAGUUUGCACAAGUCGCACAGGCAGUGACAAAUACGUUCCAAAGAAAAUUGCAGGGCACAGAUCUCGUACAAAAUGCUUAUUUGUCUCUUGUUUUACUCUUGCUCUUUCUCGCCUUCAUCUAUUUUGGACUGCCUCAUACAAGACUGUUGAUAUGAUCACAAGACACUCAACACAAGGCAACCAGGCAAGGUUCAUGUUUUGCUGGGAGUCAGAACAAAAAAAAGGUCUCUUUGUUGGAGAGGCAUAAUGUUGACUGUUUUUUGUUUAUAGAUGGAUUUGUCAUGUCAUCCUGCUUAAAGUGUAUCUUCUGUGUGCAGUGAUGUUGGAUCCAAAUAUACUUAAAUGUUUAACAAGGAGCACAAAACAAAAUCACUGCCAUAAUCCCCAAUUUUCUACAGGACCUAUGUUUCUUUAGCAGUAGCUAGAAAGUAUUCCCCAUUGAACAAUAAUGACCACCUAUUCUUUGUGUUAGAAUGUUUUAAUAAAUUCUGUGAUAUUUCACACAAUCAGGGGGUCAUUACAAAACCCUUUACAUUAAGUGUAUUAUUCAAUCCGUUGAAUUUCCAUUACCAUGGCAGCAAAUGUGCUCUGACCCAUCGGAUUACAUGCUGUAAAAUCUACUUCUGCUAUCGUCGGGUGAUGACGAUGACAGAGAGAUGAGCUACCCUGAAGGUACAUUCAGGGACAUUCAUGAAAAUAUAGUUUUGUGCACCGGCCAUUAUUAAUACAAUCACUAUGUUAAUUGUCUUUGCUGUAUCUCUUUUUGUACCUAUGCUGAAAAGACUGUGUGGAUUCUUUGUUAUUAUUGCCCUGUGUAUUGGUUAUCUAUCUGUUGAAAUUAUUUAAAAACAGCAAGGAGAUUAA